ACGCAGUUUUAUCUGUCAAUUGUCAAAUCGAAUAAACUAAAUAUUAAGGUAGUUUUUUAAACUGAAAAGCAAAGGGAUUAAUUAUAAAACUUCUUAAUGAAAAGAAUGACUACAAUUAAAAAAUUUAUAGAUAUCGGUGCUAAUUUGACCGAUGAGAUGUAUCAAGGAAUAUAUCACGGUUCGAAAAAACAUGAACCUGAUUUGGAAAAAGUUCUAAAUCGCUCCUGGUCGGCUGGUAUGGACAAAAUGAUUAUUACUGGAGGAAGCUUAUUAGACAGCAAGAAAGCUAUCGAAUUGUCUCGUACCGAUUCACGAUUAUUUUCUACCGUAGGAUGUCAUCCAACAAGGUGUAAUGACUUUGUAGAGGACUCUGAUACAUAUCUCAAUGAUCUAAAAGCAUUGAUAAAAGAAAACAGAGAUAAAGUUGUAGCGAUCGGGGAGUGCGGGCUUGACUAUGAGAGAUUACACUUUUGUGAGAAAGACGUCCAGUUAAAAUACUUUGAAUUACAAUUGCAAUUGAGCAGUGAAUUCCAAUUGCCCUUGUUUCUUCAUUGUCGAGCUGCUGCCGAUGAUCUUGUUGAAAUCUUGAGUAGAAACAAUGAAAUAAUAGUUGGUGGUGUUGUACAUUCAUUCGAUGGGUCUCAUGAGGCACUAGAGAAGAUUCUGGAAUUGAACUUAUAUGUUGGUAUAAAUGGAUGUUCACUAAGGACAAAGGAAAACUUAGAGGUGGCAGCAAAGAUACCUCAGAAUAGGUUGAUGAUUGAGACAGACUGCCCAUGGUGUGAAGUAAAAGCCACACAUCCAGGCUAUGCUCAUGUGGUUACAAAAUUCCCUUCAGUCAAAAAGGAAAAAUACUCAGUUGAGUCAAAUCAUCAAGUAAAAGGAAGAAAUGAACCUGUUAACAUUGUGCAAGUGCUGGAGAUACUUUCUGCCAUUAGAAAAGAAAAUAUUGAUGAAUUAGCAGAAGCUAUUUAUAAUAACACCCAAAAAUUGUUCUUUAGUAAUAAGUUGAAUUAAUUUACAAAGAGGUAUUUCUGAACUUCAUUUAUGUCGACACCGGACUACAAAAAUAGAAUGCAUACUACCAGUGUAUAUUACAUAUGUAUUUCAGUGUUGGAAUAAAGACAUUGAU